CAAACCAAUUAGUCUCCUUCACGACUAUCAAGAGCCACCAUUCUCGAGCCCACAAUUGUACACAUUAUUCUCACAAACAAUGAAGGGAAUCGCGGAUCUGCUCGAUUCCGAUAUGGAGGAAACAACCAACUUCAUUGACGAAAACUCCAUCCUUUCUUCCGCGUCGGACGCGACGGCUCCCAAAGUCGCACAGGCAAAGAAAGGCAAGAAGCGAACAAAAGUCACAAUGCCUGCAAAGUCGAAACCGAAAGUCCAGAAGCCAGCCUCAUCGCAAAGCAAACCUCCUUCGUCGAAAUUCACCGCCGGCGCAAAGCGCACUGCUCCAGACAGCCAUGAUGAUCCCUCGAAUGCUAACAACAACAACCACGAUGCGCAGAGGUCUGAAGUCAACGAUGCGCCGGCGGAGACGAGGCCGAAGAAACGUGCACGCACUACAGGAAAAGCCAAAGUGAGCAAGAAGACUCCGGUCACACAAGAAUCAGCCCCGGUGAACGACGAUGUGCCGGUCGCUCCAGUCACUUCGAGCGCGCACGGCGAACAAUCAACAAAUGAGGAGAACAUGGAGCACAGAAUGUCGAAAAAAGGUGCGGGUGUCUCGAAAGCGAUUGUUUCACGAGAAGCCGAGCAGCCUCGAACGGAAAGCCACGAGGACACAGCCAUUGACAAUGAAGAGACUUCUGAAAUUGCGCUUCAUGCACCAGUCACGAAACCAAAAGCCGCUGCUAGGAAUCCUUCUCGUGUGAGACAGGGAUACAGGCAUCGCGCAGGAAGCGCGUCCGAUGCCGAGAGGGGAGAUCCGAACCUGCGGCGCAAAUUGGGAGACAUUACUCGGAAGUUCGAGAAUGUCGACCUGAAGUACCGCAAUCUGAAAGAAGUGGGCAUAUACGAAGCAAACGCCAAUAUGCACAAGCUUCGCAAGCAGUGUGAUGUAACCAUGCAAGCUUCCAACGAUCUGAUAGCAUCCCUGAGAAAGGAGCUGGCCACCCAGAUUCCCGUCGCGCAAGAAGCUCGGAAGCUGAAGAAGCAUGUUCAGACCCAAGAAGUGGAGAUGAUUCGAAUGCGUGAUACUACAACAGAGCUCGAGAAGUCUCUAGCCAUCGCCCAGAACGAGAUCAAGGCCCUGCAAGCGAAACUGGCAGCUGCAAGAGCACCAUCCGUGGAAGCAGUGGCCUCAAAGCAACCAGCAAGCGCCGUUAAAUCAAACACGCUACGGCAGGCCAUGAUUGGGAGUUCUGAAGCGGCGCAAGCGGCACAGUAUGCGCAGAUGAAGGAGGAACUGUACAGCGAUCUAACAGGCCUCAUCAUUCGCAGUGUGAAGAGGACCGAGGAAGGCGAUACUUACGAUUGCAUCCAGACUGGACGGAACGGCACAUUACAUUUUAAGCUCUUCGUCGACCAUGAAGAGAUGAGGAAUACCAGCUUUGAAGAAACAGAGUUUCUUUAUACGCCUCUGCUGGACAGCAACCGUGAUCGCGACAUGAUAGCACUCAUGCCGAGUUAUCUGACAGAGGAUAUCACAUUUGCACGACAGAACGCGGCGAAGUUCUAUGGACGGGUUGUAGAUACCUUGACGAAAAGACGGGCCGAGGAGUGAAACGUUUGCGCGAUCGAGGAACUUUAAUCAUUUUGUACUAUAGGGCUCUGCGUCAAAGGAUGCGACGCCUCGUUGCAUGCAUAACUUGGUGUCGAAGGUGGUUGUGGGUGGAAUUGUAACUCUUAUGAGCCGCCCUUCUGAAUAAACACCUUGAUUAAAGACGCCGACGCGUCGCGAUUUCUCCGCGUUAUUGAUCGCUUAUCUGUUAUCUGAAGUUACCCCUCCUUCGAGGUCGUCUCGUUGUCAUACACCGCUGGCAGCCUGGCUCAGUUCAAUUGGUCAUCUAUGAUUGCCUGCACUUGCGUGCUGGCUGUGAAGUUCAUCAAACUCUU